CCGGCCCCGCGGCCCGCCCCGGAGCGGCCCUCGCCUGCCAGACAUGACCGCCAUCAUCAAAGAGAUCGUCAGCAGGAACAAAAGGCGCUACCAAGAGGAUGGCUUCGACCUGGACCUGACCUAUAUUUAUCCAAACAUAAUUGCUAUGGGUUUUCCUGCGGAGAGGCUUGAAGGAGUAUACCGGAACAAUAUUGAUGAUGUAGUAAGGUUUUUGGAUUCAAAGCAUAAAAACCAUUACAAGAUAUACAAUCUAUGUGCUGAAAGACAUUAUGAUACCGCCAAAUUUAACUGCAGAGUUGCACAGUACCCUUUUGAAGACCAUAACCCACCACAGUUAGAGCUUAUCAAACCUUUUUGUGAAGAUCUUGACCAAUGGCUAAGUGAAGAUGACAAUCAUGUUGCAGCAAUCCACUGUAAAGCUGGAAAGGGACGAACUGGUGUAAUGAUAUGUGCAUAUUUGUUGCAUCGAGGCAAGUUUUUAAAGGCUCAAGAAGCCCUAGAUUUCUAUGGGGAAGUAAGGACCAGAGACAAGAAGGGAGUCACAAUUCCCAGUCAGAGACGCUACGUGUACUACUAUAGCUACCUGUUAAAGAAUCACCUUGAUUACAGACCAGUGGCACUGCUGUUUCACAAGAUGAUGUUUGAAACAAUUCCCAUGUUCAGUGGCGGAACUUGCAAUCCUCAGUUUGUGGUGUACCAGUUAAAGGUAAAGAUAUUCACCUCCCCUUCAGGACCCUCAAGACGUGAAGACAAGUAUAUGUACUUUGAAUUCCCUCAACCUUUGCCGGUAUGCGGUGAUAUCAAAGUGGAGUUCUUCCACAAACAGAACAAGAUGUUGAAAAAGGACAAAAUGUUUCACUUUUGGGUAAAUACAUUCUUCAUAGGACUGGAUGAAAAUUCAGACAAAGUAGAAAAUGGAAGUCUAGUUGCAGAUCAGGAACUUGAUGGUAUUUUCAGUACAGAGCGCUCAGAUAAUGACAAGGAAUAUUUAAUCCUUACAUUAACAAAAAAUGAUCUAGACAAAGCAAAUAAAGACAAAGCCAACAGAUAUUUUUCUCCAAACUUCAAGGUGAAGCUAUUUUUCACAAAAACGGUAGAAGAGCCAUCAAAUCCAGAGGCUAGCAGUUCAACUUCUGUAACACCAGAUGUUAGUGACAAUGAACCUGAUCAUUACAGAUACUCUGACACCACUGACUCUGAUCCAGAGAAUGAACCUUUUGAUGAAGAUCAGCAUACGCAGAUUACAAAAGUCUGAAUAUUUUUUUUUUAUCGGAGAUAAAAAAAAAAGAAAAAAAAUGCGAAGAAUGACAAACUUGAAUAAACUGAAAAAAGGACCUUUUUAAAUGGCAAUAGGACAUAGUGUCAGAUUACCAGUUAUAGGAACAAUUCUUUCCUGACCAAUCUUGUUUUGCCCUAUAAAUCUACAGGUUUGACACUUGUCCAGUUGAAUAAAAAUGGUUACGUAGCUCUGA